CGCCCCGUGCCCGCGAUCCCGCGACCCCCACGAUGGGCAGCUGCGCCCCGGAGCCGCGCUGGCCGCGGGGUCGGGGCCGGCAGCCGCCGCCGCCGCUGCUGCUGGUGCUGCUGCUGGCGCUCGGCCUGCAGCCCCGGACGCCGUGCCGGGCGGACGACGCGGACAGGCCCCCCGGCAUCUCCUCGGAUAAAUUAUUAGUCAUCACUGUAGCAACCAAAGAAAGUGAUGGAUUCCAUCGAUUCAUGCAGUCUGCUAAAUACUUCAACUACACUGUAAAGGUCCUUGGUCAAGGAGAGGAGUGGCGAGGCGGCACUGGUGUGAACAGCAUCGGAGGGGGUCAGAAGGUGAGAUUGCUGAAGGAAGUGAUGGAGCAAUUUGCCAGCCAGGAUGACCUGGUGGUCCUCUUCACUGAAUGCUUUGAUGUCAUAUUUGCCGGUGGUCCAGAAGAAGUUCUCAAAAAAUUUCAAAAGUCAAAUCACAAAGUGGUCUUUGCAGCAGAUGGGAUUCUGUGGCCAGACAAAAGACUAGCAGACAAGUACCCCGUGGUGCACAUUGGGAAGCGUUACCUGAAUUCAGGAGGAUUUAUUGGUUAUGCACCAUAUAUUCACCGUAUAGUUCAACAGUGGAAUCUGCAGGAUAAUGAUGAUGAUCAGCUGUUUUACACUAAAAUUUACAUUGAUCCACUGAAAAGGGAAGCUAUCAACAUCACCUUGGAUCACAAGUGCAGAAUUUUUCAGACCUUAAAUGGAGCUGUAGACGAAGUCGUUCUAAAAUUCGAAAACGGCAAAGCCAGGGCGAAGAAUACAUUUUAUGAAACAUUACCUGUGGCGCUGAACGGGAACGGACCUACCAAGAUUCUCCUGAAUUAUUUUGGAAACUAUGUACCAAAUGUGUGGACACAGGAUAAUGGCUGCACUUUUUGUGACUUGGAUACAAUUGACUUGUCAGCAGUACAUGUCUACCCAAAUGUCACCAUAGGAGUUUUCAUCGAACAGCCAACCCCUUUCCUACCUCGAUUUUUGGACACACUGUUGGCAUUGGAUUACCCAAAAGAAGCCCUUAAACUCUUUAUUCAUAAUAAGGAAGUUUAUCAUGAAAAGGACAUCAAAGUAUUUUUUGAUAAAGCUAAACUUGCUAUUGGUACCAUAAAAAUAGUGGGACCAGAAGAAAAUCUGAGUCAAGCGGAAGCCAGAAACAUGGGCAUGGAUUUUUGCCGUCAAGAUGAAAACUGUGAUUAUUACUUUAGUGUGGAUGCAGAUGUGGUUCUGACAAACCCAAGGACUCUAAAACUUUUGAUUGAACAAAACAGGAAGAUUGUCGCUCCUCUCGUCACUCGUCACGGUAAGCUGUGGUCCAACUUCUGGGGCGCGUUGAGUCCUGAUGGCUACUAUGCUCGGUCUGAAGAUUAUGUGGAUAUUGUCCAAGGGAACCGAGUAGGAAUAUGGAAUGUCCCGUACAUGGCUAACGUGUACUUGAUUCGAGGGAAGACUCUCCGGUCGGAGAUGAAUGAGAGGAACUAUUUUGUUCGUGAUAAGUUGGAUCCUGAUAUGGCCCUAUGCCGUAACGCUCGAGAAAUGACUUUACAAAGGGAAAAAGACUCCCCUACUCCGGAAACAUUCCAAAUGCUCAGCCCCCCAAAGGGUAUGUUCAUGUAUAUUUCUAACAGACAUGAAUUUGGAAGAUUAUUAUCAACGGCAAAUUACAAUAUUUCCCAUUAUAACAAUGAUCUCUGGCAGAUUUUUGAAAAUCCUGUGGACUGGAAGGAAAAGUAUAUAAACCGUGAUUAUUCGAAGAUCUUCACCGAAAAUAUAGUUGAGCAGCCGUGUCCAGACGUGUUUUGGUUCCCCAUAUUUACGGAAAAAGCCUGUGACGAGUUGGUGCAAGAAAUGGAGCACUAUGGCCAGUGGUCUGGGGGAAAGCACCAUGACAGCCGGAUCUCCGGGGGUUACGAGAACGUCCCAACGGAUGACAUCCACAUGAAGCAGAUUGGCCUGGAGAAUGUCUGGCUGCACUUUAUCCGGGAGUUUAUCGCCCCUGUCACGCUGAAGGUGUUCGCGGGCUAUUACACCAAGGGCUUUGCACUGUUGAAUUUCGUGGUGAAAUACUCGCCCGACAGACAACGUUCACUUCGCCCUCAUCACGACGCGUCCACGUUCACCAUCAACAUCGCCCUCAAUAAUGUGGGAGAAGAUUUCCAGGGAGGGGGCUGCAAAUUUCUACGGUACAACUGUUCCAUUGAAUCCCCGAGGAAAGGCUGGAGUUUCAUGCAUCCAGGGAGACUGACACAUUUACAUGAAGGGCUUCCUGUGAAGAACGGGACCCGUUACAUCGCCGUGUCCUUCAUAGACCCCUGAGUUGUUCACUGGCGAUGAAACUGGAUUUUCUUUUGGAAAAGAUAACUGGCAUGAACAUGGCCUUUGAAGUUGUAUGUGAGGAGAUGAGAUGGAUAUUUAAAUAACUUCAGCAGGACAACUUCACUUUGGGCCAAUGAUGCGAAAAAAAAAGCCUUUUUAUUUAAAAAAAAAUGGUUUCCUCAAUGCCUGCUCUUGGGCCAAAGAUGGCGAAAAAAACCCCUUUUUAUUAAAAAAAAUGGUUUCUUAAUGUCUGCUCUGAGCCUUAAAACACAGAUUGACGAAGGAAAGAAAGUUUAAGCAAAUAUUUAUUUCUUUGUCAAGUUUCGGAGAAUAAUGACAAUUUUCUGAAUUUGUGUUUCAGUUGAUAAAAUAUUCAGGUGCAAAUGUUCACAUGGCAAAUAAUGAUAUUUUCUUAUUUAUCAGAGGCUGGGGAUGGUUUUAUUUAUUAACUCAUAGACAAAAUUGAUACACAUGAAAAUUUGCCAUUUUUUUAAAAUGUCAGAGAACUGGCAUUCAGUCUGACUUUAUACGCAACAUAGUGUAGGAGUUCUUUAUUGACCUUGUAUCAGUAGUUACUGGGAAUACAAAAAACCUUGUUUUCUUAAGAAAAAACAAACGUCUGAGGAUAGAGAAAAACCGAAGCACAUAUCCAGUUGGAAACAGCUCUAGAUUCUCUUUGGAUUGUGAGAUGCCUUUCCUUUCAUGUUUGAAAUCGAACCCUGUGUUCCUGAGAUGAAUUUUACCAGGUGGAUUAUAUUCCCUAGAUAACUAGAUUUAGGCAAGCUUUGAAAGUUUUCUUCUUGUGUGUUUCUUGGCAAGAUCACUGUCCUUCAGUGAAAACAGGUUUUGACUCUAGAAAAUUUAAGAAGAAAAAAAAAAUGAGGUAAAAGAAAACUUUGAGGUUAGUGGUAGCACUUUGUGAUUAGAAAAACACAAACUUUUGAGUACUUGGAUUUCAUGUUAGGAAAAUAAAGUUGGUGCAUAAUUUUCCCUUCUGUAUUGCUUGUCCUCUGUUUUUAGGGAGAGUUAUCUCUGUCUCCCCAAACUGUGCCCAUUUACCUUGCUUAUUACUCUCUAUUACCUUCUCUUUAUCUCACUUUGAAAGCUUUUCCCCACUGACCGAAAAUUAAAAAUUCUUUGAUUCUUUUCAGUGAUUUCGGAGUGAGGUUCAAACAUCCUUAGUGUAGCUACUGUUCAUAAUUUAAAGGUCACACUUGAAAACAAGGUUUUAAGUCAUGGUGCCAAAAUUUAUUGUUCUAACACCAUGUGUUAGAAAACUAUGAGAA